AUGUCGGAGCCCGGAGACAAUCAGCAGCCUAGCAGUCCUCCGGAUGCGGACAAAGUCUCCUCCAGGGUGAUAGUGACUGAUCAAGAGUUGGGAGCUUUGACCUCACAGGAAUGGCAGAAUCGUUGGCGACAACAAGAUUGUUAUAUUAGUUUCCUGGAACGGAAAACUACGCAACAAGAAGGGGAACUAGCUGAUCUACGAGAAACUCAUGAGAGGGCCAAGGCUCAGCUUUUAGAUUCCCAGCAAAGGGAGAAGGUUCUUGUGCGAAGAUUAACUGCCAAGGAGCAGGAGACUCAAGACUAUGUGUGUCAACUCAACGAACUGAAAACCUCCCAAGUACCCACCACCUCAUCCCUACGAACCGCCUUACUGGACCCGGCCGUCAACAGCCUACUGCAACAACUCCGCUUCGAACUCCAGGCCACCCGCCUCAAACUCGAAGACACCCAAAACGAACUCUCCGCCUGGAAGUUCACCCCCGACUCCAACACCGGCAAACGCCUCAUGGCCAAAUGCCGGCUGCUCUACCAAGAAAACGAGGAACUCGGCAAAGUUACCAGCUCCGGCAGGAUAGCGAAGCUCGAGAGCGACCUAGCACUCCAGAAAAGCUUCUCCGAGGAGGUGAGACAAAGCCAGAACGAGCUAGAUUCAUUCCUUGCCGAUUUGGACGAGGACGUCGAGGGUAUGCAGAGCACCAUCCUGUUCUUGCAGCAGGAGCUGAAGAAGGCGAAGGACUCGGUGCAGCUUCUACAAAAGGAAAAUGGCGCGCUGAAGGUGACCAACGGCAGGGCGAACGGCGAGUCGGGUAGUGUCGGGCAAGGUCGGACGGAUUCGGAAUCAUCGGAGGUGGAGCGGACUCGCGUGAAACGUGUGAGGCGAUCGUCGGUGUUGAGCAUCGACUUCAAUGAGGACGACGCGCUGGUUAUAGGGACGAACGGCGACGUUGCCAUGUCUUCGGACCCUGAAUAG